AUGUUCUCGUUGGGACGAGGAAUGUACCAGGAGAUGGUACGGAAAGACGAGUUCUUCGUUCUGGUCUGUGGUGCCGAAGGAGUGGGCAAAACAGUAAGUAUUUUAGCCAGUUUUCCUCUUUUUUGAAUUUAGACAAGACUAGUAUCAAGGAUAAUAUCAUUACCCAAUCUUAAGGCUAAAAUAAAGUCUUCAGACGUUCGCAGAACAAAUCCGAGCCCAAUGUGAUCCUCGAUUCAAAGCGCCGAAGAAACCGUCCAGCACAAUUGGGUUAAACUGUAGGUUUACAACUUGCUUGUUAUCGGUUUUAGGAAAUUGAAGUUAUCAGCAGUUUAAACCAAUCGUAGCAGGUUAAAUUUUCGAAAAACUUCUUGACAGUUUUACUGCCUCGGUUGUAAACUCGUUUAACGCAGAAUAACAUGUGAAGAAUUUGCUUUUUCGACGUUUUUAUAUAUUAACCAUGAGCAAUAUCGGGUUUCAGUGGUAAAGUUCGAAACAGAUGGAUUUCUCUUGAACUUUUGGGAUGUUGGAGGGAAUGUGGAGUUGCAAGACCUCUGGAACCGGUAUCUGGAUGAUUGUCACGCCAUUAUUUUUGUUGCGGAGACCACAGGGGAUGAGGAGAAAAUCGAAGAGUCCCUUCAAGCGUUCGGUAAGUGUAAUACAGUUUUGUUGGUUAAAAUUUAAUUGAUUAAAGUACGUUUUGUGAGUUAUCGGGUGCGAAAUCUCUUUGCUUUGUUCAAACAAUGUUUUUGAACUUGGAUUUGGAGUUACAUAGAUUCUUUUAUAUUAUAGUAGACAUUAAUGUCAAAAAUUUUUUUAUACGUUGGUUUUUGGAUCUGUGGGGUAAAAGUUCUGGGCGUUAUAAGGCUUUACGGUCAAUUUGGAAGGUUUUUCAACCCUUUUUUUACUUUUUUUUUAUUAAAAUUUUGUUUAAAUUUGGUCCCGUUAUAAUUGCUUUAGGCCUAAUUAUUAGGGCUAUUAUCUGAGACAUUGUCGGUAAUUUUUUAUUCAGAUUUGUUAUGAAAACCUUUUUUGGCCACAUUUUCUUUAAUUUGGACGACUUUUUUAUAUUAUACUAGGCAUUGAUACCUAAAAUUAUCUGAUUUUUUUGGGUCCUUUUGUAUUUUCCCGACUUUCUAGCCGUUUUUUUAAAUCAAGUUUAUCUUUUACAUCCACACAGUACAACUUUUUUACGUAUAUUUAUUUCAUUGUAAAUCUUUUUUUUUUGUUCGCAAAACAAAAUCCCGUAAUAAAUGGUAAUUUUAGGUAUGAAACUCCGAAACCAAUUCGAUAUAUAGAAUGGAAAAGACUCGAGUAGAAUAAGGUUAUAAUAAUUAACAGUAUUGUAGUAUACAAUGUCAGUGAUAAGAGACGACUUUUUAUAUGAUAUAGAUGCAUGGAAGGUGACUCUCCGACUGUUUCAGAGAGAGUCCAGAAACACGAGCGAGCCUUGACGUUGCCCUUGUUGAUAUUGAUGAACAAAUCGGAUCAACUGGAAGAGGAAAAAAAUGGGGAAAAUCAUAAAAUUGAAGAGGGAAAAGAUGUCCAAGAGGCGCAAGGACCCUCGAGAUUGGAGCCCAAGAUCUCUAGAGACGACCUGUUUAAGUUCAUCGAGAGACAGGAGAACACUCCCAUCGGAAUGGACGAAAGUUCGAGUCAGACGUCAAGUAUAAGGUCCAGUCCCAGUCUCCAGGAUCAGUGGAAAAAACGGAAGAAAAACGAAGUUGAAGAGAGUCCCAGGCCGGGGAGUCUGGUCCGCGGAUGGACCGAGACCGACGACGAACGGUACGAUCAGUUCAAGGCGUAUGGAUGGUCCAGCUGUGAAAUGGAGGAAGAGCAUGCAUCGAAUGGGGAUAAGAGAAGGUUGGACUUGAUGGAAGAGCUGAGAGAGCGCGCCGAUAAGAGUCAUCGGGCCGACCUCGCCGUCUUCUCGAUCUCCGCUCUGAAAGCACAUAAUUUAGAGAGGUGCAGGUAA